AUGCUUUUCCUUGAUGGCCUGAAAUAUUUGUCAUACGAUGCUGUGAAAUUGUCUCUUGUCAGAUACCUGCAAAUCGACAUCGAUGAUGUAUUCGUCGGUCAAAAAGAGACGAAGAUGCUCGAAGAAGAUGUGCUUGAAUUGAUCCAAGCGCAGGAACGCGUUCGUCGGCACAUCGCAAACUUUACGUUUAACCUCGGAUUCUGCGGCAAGUUUUAUCAGAAAGGAGCCAGCGAAGAAAGACUUGGUGACAGCUUGUUAGUAGAAAACGCCCCUAAGUUUCGAUGGUUUCCACAUUUAUGGCGUCACCAGAAGCCACAUCAAUGGAACUUCACGAUGCUGGAACAUUUCUUGCUGCUUAAUCAACAGUUUGCCAAGAAUUAUAACAUUCCUGUUCCCUUUCCGUACGCCGUGUCGCCUCAUCAUUCCGGCAUUUAUCCGGUUCAUGAUCCUUUGUAUAAGGCCUGGAAAAAGGUUUGGGGAAUAAAAGUGACUUCUACAGAAGAAUAUCCGCAUUUUCGCCCAACUUCGCUUCGCAGAGGUUUCAUCUAUAGCGACAUUAAGGUGCUUCCACGACAAACCUGUGGUCUUUAUACCCACACAAUGUACAUGAAUCAGUACCCUGGUGGGAAAUCUCAACUCGACAACAACAUUUAUGGUGGUGAACUGUUUUACACGUUCAUAUAUAAUCCUAUACUGAUAUUCAUGACCCACCAGUCUAAUUAUGCACAUGAUCGACUCGCCUUACAUACGUUCGAGAACAUUAUCGCCUUCCUUAAGCAGUGGACAAAUCUUGUCCUAGAGUAUAUAUCUCCCAUCGAAAUGGCUGAUAAAUAUUUUCUCUAUUACCCGCAUGAAAAGGACCCACUAUGGAGCCAACCUUGUUUUGACAAGCGACACAUGUCCAUUUGGUCAAGUCAGAAAACAUGUCGCAAGUUUCCGGAAGCACUGAUUGUUGGUCCUCAAAAAACAGGUUCCACAGCCUUGUAUACGUUUCUUAAAUUGCAUCCGAAAGUCAGAGGUAGUUACGAAAGUCCCGUAACUUUCGAAGAAGUUCAGUUUUUCAAUGGUAAAAAUUAUCAUAACGGAAUUGAUUGGUACGCCCGUUUUUUCCCUGAACACGAAGCAAAGGAAGAGAUUGUUUUCGACAAAAGUGCUACGUAUUUUGAUUGUGAAGCAGCUCCUCGUCGAGUUCAAGCUUUGAUUCCUGAUGCGAAGAUCAUCUCAAUUUUGAUCAGCCCAAUUAAAAGAGCAUACUCCUGGUAUCAGCAUUUACGCGCUCGAAAUGACCCAGUUGCGUUAGCUAACGAUUUCAUCCAAGUUCUUCAUAGUCAGAUGAACGGGUCUAAAGAAUUAUGGAGGCUUAGACAACACUGUCUGACUCCUGGUCAUUAUGCUCAUCAUAUCGAACGAUGGUUGAGUGUCUUUCCAGCGAAACAGAUUCUUUUAAUUGACGGUGCAGUUCUGGUGGAAACACCGGCAAAAGUAAUGUCUGUCGUUCAAGACUUUUUAGAGCUGAAGCCUCCUCUGGAUUACGGAAAGAAAUUGACGUUUAGCAAACGUAAAGGUUUCUUUUGCGUUAAAACCGAAACUAACAAGACGCAGUGUCUGGGAAGAAGCAAAGGACGGGCGUACUCAGAAAUUUCUAAAGAGGCGUACGAUUAUUUGCUGGAUUAUUUCCGACCACACAACAUUGCUUUGCAACAACUUUUGUAUCGGUUAGGCUACGAUACGCCGUCAUGGCUUCAGAAAGAGCUUCAGGAGACUCCUCAGUUUUAG